UACUGCUGGAAGCAAACUAUACUCUGAACUAGGGUCACUUUUCUCAAAUACUUUGGAAUCUUUCUGUUCAGUCCCAAAGAUCUAGAUACAAAAGGCUGAAAAUUAAAACUCCCAUCUCAAUCUCCAUAACUCUAAUAGUACACUGAUUUAAACUGAGUGCUCAAUCAGGGAACACCCUGCCAUGAUAUACAGAAAAACAAUGCACAUUAGCCCCAUAAAAUUAGAACUGUCACCUGGCCUUGAAAGAAGUGCAGGUUUUAGGUCAUGUAGCAAUUGUGACAGAGAGGGGAAAGGUGGUUCACCUACCUCUACAAUGUCAGAGGCAAAUGCUGAGCCAGUGCCAGUGCUGUUAUCCCUUUCACCCUUGCUAACCUGUGAACGAUACAGCAAGGGUGAUCCGUUCUCUACCUAAAAACAAACCAGAUUUGCGAGAGGAGUGAUAGGCACCAGUCUCUGAGGGCUCAAGAAGAUUCAGGGGUGAACAAAUAUACACAAGCCUUCCCAAGUGAGGAAAAGCCUGGCAUCAAGCGCAUUUGAUAAGGUGUGAAAGGGUACCGGGCAUUUCUGGAGGCAAUGCAAUUGCUGCUGAAACUUAUUAACCCUCCCCCUACUACACGCACUUGUAAAACGAAAUUAAAUCACGCUGAAAAUAGCAAUUUUCCCAGGAAUCAUUAAUCACCUCAUACAAUAAAUACUUCUUUGUAAUUCAACAGCAAUUCUGAAAGGCAUUCUCUGGGAAAAGUCUGUGGAGGAGAGAGGGAUCUUCUUGCAAAUAAUGCGGUCUCAGGCAAAUAUGCAGCAUCUUGUCUGCCUGCUCAAAAAAAAAAAUGCCUAGACUCUCAGUGGAAAUUGAGUGUCAAGCUGCAAAACCUCAAAUGGCAGAUUAUCAUCCUUUAAGAGCGCCUGGACACUGGAAUAGGCGAGCCCCUGAACGCCUGGAGUUGGAGACAUUUCCUGGUUCAGAUUUAAACAUCUUUGGAGGUCUGCGCGGGGCGGCGAUUGGCGGCGGAGCGUCACGUGACCGCGGGGGCGUGCCAAUGUGCGCCCUCACGGGUGUCAAGCCCCCGUCAGAGUGUGCGAUCAAGAUCGUGAAACAACGCGAUGCAAAAAGCGACCUACUACGACAGCUCGGCGAUCUACGGUGGCUACCCCUACCAGGCAGCCAACGGGUUCGCUUAUAAUGCCAAUCAGCAGCCAUACGCGGCGUCCGCCGCUCUGGGCGCCGAUAGCGAGUACCACCGACCCGCCUGCUCACUCCAGUCGCCAGCCAGCGCCGGGGGCCACCCCAAGGCCCAGGAGCUGAGCGAAGCGUGUCUACGCACGCUGAGCGGCCCCCCCAGCCAGCCCCCGGGUCUAGGCGACCCGUCUCUACCCCCACCUCCGCCCCAGGCAGCGCCCCCGGCCCCACAGCCGCCCCAGCCCCCACCACAGCCUCCAGCACCCACCCCUGCAGCCCCACCGCCCCCUCCUUCUAUCUCCCCCCAUCAGAAUGCCAGCAGCAACCCCACCCCUGCCAGCGCAGCCAAGAGCCCCCUGCUCAACUCGCCCACCGUGGCCAAACAAAUCUUCCCCUGGAUGAAAGAGUCGAGGCAAAACACAAAGCAGAAAACCAGCGGCUCCAGCUCAGGCGAGAGCUGCGCUGGUGACAAGAGCCCGCCGGGGCAGGCUUCUUCUAAGCGCGCGCGCACGGCCUACACCAGCGCGCAGCUGGUGGAGCUGGAGAAGGAGUUCCACUUUAACCGCUACCUAUGUCGGCCCCGCCGGGUGGAGAUGGCCAACCUGCUGAACCUCACCGAGCGCCAGAUCAAGAUCUGGUUCCAGAACCGCCGCAUGAAAUACAAGAAGGAUCAGAAGGGCAAGGGCAUGCUGACAUCGUCAGGGGGCCAGUCCCCAAGUCGCAGCCCCGUGCCCCCUGGCGCGGGUAGCUACCUGAACUCUAUGCAUUCGCUGGUCAACAGCGUCCCGUAUGAGCCCCAGUCGCCCCCACCCUUCUCCAAGCCCCCCCAAGGAGCCUACGGGCUGCCUCCCGCCUCCUAUCCGGCUCCCCUGCCCAACUGCGCGCCCCCUCCACCCCCACAGAAGCGCUACACCGCGGCGGGGGCGGGAGCAGGGGGCACUCCAGACUACGACCCGCACGCUCAUGGCCUACAGGGCAACGGCAGCUAUGGGACCCCACACUUACAGGGAAGCCCCGUCUUCGUGGGGGGCAGCUAUGUGGAGCCCAUGAGCAACUCCGGGCCGGCACUCUUUGGCCUAACUCACCUCCCCCACGCCACCUCGGCAGCCAUGGACUAUGGGGGCACCGGGCCGCUGGGCAGCGGUCACCAUCACGGGCCGGGGCCAGGAGAGCCCCACCCCACUUACACGGACCUUACCGCCCACCAUCCUUCUCAGGGAAGAAUUCAGGAAGCGCCCAAGCUUACCCACCUGUGAUGGUGGGCUGGGGCUGCGUGCCAGGAGAGUCCCCCGCCCCACCUUCCUUCUUUAUCUUUUUUUUUUCCUUUCAUUUCUUUUUUAGGUUCUUCCUGCCCCUCCCUUUUCUCUCUCCUCCGCUCUCCCCCAUUCCUCCGUUUUGUUUGCAUUGGUAAUGCGUUUUUAUAGUUUUAUGUGACGUAGCAAUCUUGGUUGCUGGAAUAGCUGUCUGUAACAGUAGCGAUAUUUAUCUCUUCCCGCCCCUCGCUGGGCCGCUGGCCCUGCAUCCUAAACCUUCUCUACACUUUGAUCAGAAACAGGGUAUAUGAACAAAUUUUCUAGUCGAGUUUUCAAUGUGAAUUUGUUCGUACGUUAUGGCUCCCGAGGGGAAGCAAUUACGUUUUUGUUAUUAAUUUUUAGUUUUUUAAAUUGCACUUCUUGUAACGAGCGAGAAAAAAAAAUCAAAAGCGCUUUGAAACAGGGACUUCCCUGUGCAAGGAUGACUAAGUGUACGUCUUUCCGUGUGUGUAUGCUGGUGAACAGUCAGAUUUAUUUAUAUUUUUUUUGCAAGCAUUGAAUAGUCUAAGUUUUAAAUAUUAUUUAUCCUCAUCCGUUCGUAUUUAUAUUAAAGAAAUUCUGUACCCUGAUUGUUCAGAAGGUUUCUUGGGCCUUUUGUUCAAUGGUGUAUUGGCGUACAUAUAAAAUUUAUUUGAAAGGGAAAUAUAAUUCCUUUAUGAAAAUGGUAAUGAUGCAAUAAAACCAGAGAGGAUCCAGCGUUUGAAAACAGUGAUAUAGGUUUGCAACAUCCGGCAAAAGUAAAAAAAAAAACCUGUAAACACGAAAAAUGCUAGAUUUGUUUUGAGAGUUUUACAUUCCUUGCUGCUCACAUUCUGAAAAACAAAACAAAAAAAUAAAGUUUUUAUUCUGAUUAA